AUUUAAAAGGCAAUGGUUGCAUCAAAUGAGAAUAGGUCAUUGAAAAUCACUUGCAAGGAGAGGGUGUGGAGGACUUGCUAAUUUUUGGGAUCGUAUUAGAUUUCAACUGUUUCAGUUAAACUGUUACUUUGUACAGUUUCACAACGUUUGAUUGAUUGGCCCGAAAACGGGAAAGCGACCGCAGAAGACACGGCAUAAGAUUCCUUCCCUGUACCGAAAGAAUGGUAGUGAGAUGAUUUUAACUGAUUACAUAUGAUGGAGUGGUGGGUCCUAUUUUCACCAUUGAAGGAGAAAGAGAGAGAGUGGGGUCUCACUUGGCUAAAACAGCUGCAGCUGUGUCUUCUUCAUAUUCACUCAUUAUUCAAAUCUUGUUAUUGUUAACCAAAGAUCUAUAUACUGCAUACUAGUCUUCUGCUUCUCUUUUUAUCAUAUUUUUGUUCUUUUUCUUCUCUCAAUAGCAGAAAAGAGAAACAUAGAUAGAGACCCGUCUCUGGGUUCAUCAAAAGGAAAGCUGUUUGAGAUCUGGCUGUAUUGCUUAAAAAGAUUGAGCUAUUAAAUGAUAAGAAGAUGGGGAGGAAAGGAAAAUGGUUUUCAAGUGUAAGGAAAGCUCUUAGUCCUGAGUCAAAGAAGAUGAAAGACCAGAAAUCAAAUAAAUCAAAGAAGAAAUGGUUUGGCAAGCAACAUGAACUGGAUUCGGAUUCCACCCCCUUAGAAAAUGUCAGAGCACUUUCUCCUCCUCCUCCUGCUCCUCCUGUUCUUCCUCAGCCAGAAGAGGUAAAGACAAUUGAAGCAACAAAUGAUCAGAACAAACAUGCCUAUCCUGUUCCAAUUGCCACUGCUGUUGCUGCUGAUGCUGAACCCGCUUAUCCUCCUGUUGAGACCACAAUGGAGGUUGUCCGACUUGUGAAGGUUAAUAAGUUUGCUGGAAAAUCAAAUGAGGAAGUGGCCGCAAUCAAGAUUCAAACAGCAUUCCGAGGAUACAUGGCGAGAAGGGCAUUGCGAGCUUUAAGAGGGCUGGUGAGGCUCAAAUCACUGAUGGAAGGGCCUACUGUAAAACGGCAAGCCACACAUACCCUUCGCUGCAUGCAGACUCUAUCCAGAGUGCAGUCUCAAAUUCACUCGAGGAGGGUCAGAACGUCAGAAGAGAACCAGGCGCUCCAGAGACAACUCCUACAGAAACAUGCAGAGGAGCUUGAGAAGUUGCGGAUGGGAGAGGAAUGGGAUGACAGCCUGCAGUCAAAGGAACAGAUUGAAGCUAACCUGUUAAACAAGUACGAGGCAGCUAUGAGAAGGGAAAGAGCUAUGGCUUAUUCAUUCUCGAAUCAGCAAACCUGGAAGGACUCUUCAAGAUCUGCAAAUCCUAUGUUUAUGAACUCGGGCAAUCCCACCUGGGGUUGGAGCUGGUUGGAACGAUGGAUGGCGACCCAUCCAUGGGAGAGCCGGAGCAUGACCGAGAAAGAACUCAAUAAUGACCACUCAUCCUUGAAGAGUGCAAGCUGCAGCACAGUCGGAGGAGAAAUCAGCAAGUCUUAUGCUCGCUACCAGCUCAAUUCCGAUAAAUUCUCACCCAUAGACAGUGAGAAGGCAAGACAAACAAUGAGCCCUCUUUCCCUUUCAACUUCUUCCAAGCCAGCUUCUUCUACAGUGGCUAGAAAAUUGAAGUCAGCAAGUCCAAGGGGCAGCUUUGGGGCUCCUGAUGAUGACUUCAGAAGCAUGGCCAGCAUGCAUUCAGAUCGAUAUAGAAGGCAUAGCAUUGCAGGAUCAUCUGUGCAGGAUGAUGAGAGCCUUGGUAUCUCUUCAACAGGUCCAAGCUACAUGGUACCUACUGAAUCUGCAAGAGCAAAGUCCAGGGUGCAGAGUCCACUGGGGGAAGAAAAAAAUGGUACACCAGAAAAGGAAAAAGGGACUUUGGGGCCAGUUAAGAAACGGCUUUCUUACCCACCUUCACCAGCCAGACCUAGGCGGCAGUCGGGUCCACAAAAGGUGGAGAGCAUCUUAAAUUCGGAAAGUGGUGUGGCCACUUGAGAGGGCUAAAAACUUCUAAUAUUUGAGGGAUAAGUGUGAAACAAUUACGAUUCUUUAGAGAACACAAGAAAAAGAGGAAAAUAAGGUUCAUUCAAUUUCUGAAUCCUCUCCUGUUGUUGAUAAUUUUUAUUCAUUACUGAGAAAGUGUUGAAUUUGGGUGAAAUUGAUCUCGUUGGUUAGUUGUUUCAGAAGUACUGCUUAUUAUUUGUCCUUAUCUAUUUGUUUAUAUUUAAUCUGAUUGGACCUUGAUAUUUGUAUUAUGAAUUUAUGACGAAAUAAUCUCCAAAUUGACUCUGAACA